AUGAACAAAAAUUGGAACGACAGGGCCGACAAGGACCUGUUUUUCACCAUAUUAUCCGUGAAGAACAUCGGCGUCAUUAGCGGCUCGGAAUGGACCACCAUCGGCAACCACAUGCGCACUCUUGGUUACGGCUUCACCAAUGAGGGAUGUCGCCAACACUUCCAAGGCCUCCGCCGCGCCCAGCACAAGGCCGACUCCAACGGAGGAAGCUCAGAUAACCCGAGGAGGGCUGAUCCAACCAUGAACCCCAUCACUCGCCGCCCUGGUCCGGGCCGUGGAAGGCCUAAGAAGCAGCAGCAGCAACCUGCGCCGAUGCCAAUUCCCCCGCUGUCGGCCCAGGCUGGUCAACCUGGACAACUUCCUCCACCCGGACAGCCGCAGUCUGACCAGGCUGAGCUCGUCGAUCAGCAGCAGCAGCCACAGCAGCAACCGCAGCAUCAGCAACAACCACAACUUCAGCCAGCUCAGCCAGCUGAAGAGUCGCCUCAACAGCAGCAGCCGCCGCCACCACCCGGUGCAGCUGGCAUACCUGAUGGCCUUCAUAGCCUGCCCGAUUCCAUGGAUUUACCUCUCAAAGAUGAUACGCUCGACAUGUCCCUGAAGGAAGACGACAACGAUGAUGACAACGAGGAACACCAGGCGAAGCGGCUGAAACUUGACGAUACACCUCCGGAUCAAUCUCUUGACGACGAAGCUGUAUUAGCCUUGGCCGCGCAUAGCAACGCCCCCUCCGUUGACCCUUACGCUUCCGAGUAUCCCACUGCUGGCUUAAACGGAUCGGAAUCGCAUGCCUUCAGCUACGGCGGCGACACGUAG